AGAGCCAUGUUGUCAGAUGUCCUGCUGGUAUCGGCUCCAGGGAAAGUCAUCCUUCAUGGAGAGCAUGCCGUAGUCCAUGGCAAGGUAGCGCUGGCUGUGGCCUUGAACUUGAGAACAUUUCUCCAGCUUCAACCCCACAGCAAUGGGAAAGUGGGCCUCAACUUACCAAACAUUGGCGUCAAGCAGGAGUGGGAUGUGGCCAGGCUUCAGCUGUUGGACACAAGCUUUUUGGGUGAGCGCAGGGGGGAGAAACCAACGCCCACCCCAGAGCAAGUGGAGAAACUGAAAGAGGGGGCAGGCUUCUCUGAGGACUGUGCCGUUACUGAGCGCCUGGCUGUGCUGGCCUUCCUUUAUUUGUACCUGUCCAUCUGCCGGAAGCAGAGGGCCCUGCCAAGCCUGGACAUCGUGGUGUGGUCAGAGCUGCCCACUGGGGCAGGCUUGGGCUCCAGUGCUGCCUACUCAGUGUGUUUGGCAGCCGCCCUGCUGACCACGUGUGAGGAGAUCCCCAACCCGCUGAGAGACGGUGAUUGUGUAAGCAGGUGGGCAAAGGAGGACCUGGAAUUAAUUAACAAGUGGGCCUUCAGGGGGGAGAGGGUAAUUCACGGGAGCCCCUCAGGAGUGGACAAUGCUGUCAGUACCUGGGGCGGAGCACUCCGAUACCAGCAAGGACAGAUUUCAUCUUUAAAGAGGCCUCCAGCUUUAAAGAUCUUGCUGACCAAUACCAAAGUGCCCCGCAGCACCAAGGCACUUGUCGCCGGUGUCAGGAGUAAGAUGAUCAAGUUCCCAGCGAUCAUGGCUCCCCUCCUCACCUCCAUAGACGCCAUCACCCUGGAGUGCGAGCGGGUGCUGGGAGAGAUGGCGGCUGACCCGGCCCCGGAGCAGUACCAUGUGCUGGAAGAGCUCAUCGACAUGAACCAGCACCAUCUCAAUGCCCUUGGUGUGGGCCACGCCUCACUGGACAGGCUGUGCCAGGUGACCAUGGCCCACGGACUACAUAGCAAGCUCACUGGUGCAGGUGGCGGUGGCUGUGGCAUCACACUUCUCAAACCAGAUGUGGAACAGCCAGUGGUGGAGGCCACCAAGCAGGCACUGACUGGCUGUGGGUUUGACUGUUGGGAAACCAGCAUUGGUGCCCCUGGUGUCUCUGUCCACCUGGCUGCCUCCCUGGAUGCCCCUGUCCGGCAAGCCCUGGCUGGCCUCUGA